AUGUUGGUGGUGUCGUGGGAGACCUGUAUCGAUGGUGAAAUGAAUUAUGAUGCUAAUUGGCGUUUUGAAGUGCUAUCCAAGGACGAUUCAAAAGUCAUGCAUUUCAUGAACACGGUGGAGAAUUCCUUCACACGCCCCUUGGGUUAUGCGAAAUGGAUUAUUUGUGAUGCUGUCUUGGUUGCCGCCUUCCUAUUUCUGGAACUUAUAAUCACUAGGAGUCCUCUAUAUCAUGCCACUGUGGAGUUGGCAGGGCAACAUACCCGUGGCCAAAUGGUCCUUGACCACAAGCGAAAAGAUGAGGGUAAUGCAAGUGUGAUUAUGUCUGUCCACAAGGAUAAUUAUAGGCAAAUUGUGGCCUGGACUGGAGGUGUUUUGGGAGAUGAG